AUGGAUAUGGAUAAUGAAUUCGUAGGAAAAACUGUCAUAUUAGGAAAUAAAACAUAUGAACUUGAUAAACUUAGUCCGGAAGAACGUUUUCGAGUUCGACAUGAAGCAAUACAUGAAAAACAUAAAGGACAUGAAUCAAUGCAUUUGGAAAUGGUACUUGUUCUACUUAUUUCACUUGUUGUUUGUCAAUUUUUAUUAUUAUUUUGGAGAAAUUAUCAUCUGCGAUCUUAUCAAUUUUUUACUCUUAUUGCAAUGUGGUUAAUUCCAUUUGGUUUAUCAAUUCAUUUUUUUUAUAUUCGUUUUAUUAUAAUUUGGUGUUGUUUCACAAUUAUAACAGUUUAUGUUACACGUCGUGCAACACGACAACCUAUUGAACCAAAUACACCAAGAUUAGUUUAUAAAUGGUUUCUUCUUAUUUAUAAGAUCUCAUAUGGACUGGCCAUUAGUGGUUAUUUUCUUGUAAUGAUGACUUUUCUUGGUAUUAAUAAUCUUCUAUUAAUAUCUCCACAAACUGGACUUGAUUUUGGAAUAUUAAUUAUGUUUUAUGGAAUAUAUUAUGGUGUACUUGGAAGAGAUAUGGCUGAAUCAUGUACUGAUCGAAUGGCAUCGAAAAUUGGAUAUUAUUCCGAAACAGGUUUACCUAAACGAGCAUUAGAAUCGAAUACAUGUGCUGUUUGUGCUAAUCCAAUAUUAGUACAAAAUAAUGAAGAAGCAUUAAUUGAACAAACAUAUAAAUUACAAUGUGGUCAUACUUUUCAUGAAUGGUGUAUACGUGGUUGGUGUAUUAUUGGAAAAAAACAAACAUGUCCGUAUUGUAAAGAAAAAGUAGAUUUAAAAAGAUUAUUUCCUAAUCCAUGGGAGAAACCUCAUGUACUCUAUGGAAAUUUACUUGAUUGGGUUCGAUAUUUAGUUGCUUGGCAACCAUUAAUUUUAAUGAUUGUACAAGGUGUUAAUUAUGUACUUGGUCUUGAAUAG